UAGCCAUGCACGUGUGGUAAACAAGCACUGCCAGCAGCAUGGACUUCUCAAAGAAGUGGAGUAAUCUGCCUACAGGUCCGAGCCUGAGGAACCUGACAGAGGGCCGCUUCGGGGAGCUGAAGGAGCAGCAGCACGCGGCCGUUCAGGAUCUGACCAAGGCGCACAUCGAGUCGUUCGACCAGGCGGUGACGGACGGACUGAGCCGCGUCGUGCAGGCCAUUCCUCCUUUGGAGUUUAUGUACAAAAAUGACCAGAUCAGUCUUUCGUUCGUGGACGCCUCCAUGCACAGUCCAACUGUGGCCAAAGGGAACAUCUGUCGGGAAAUGAAGAUAUUUCCAGCAGAGUGCCGGGGCCGAAGAUGUUCAUACAAAGGAAAGCUCGUGGCAGACGUCAGCUGGUCGGUCAAUGGCGUCCCCAAAGGCAUCGUGAAGCAGUCGCUGGGCCUCCUUCCCGUCAUGGUGAAGUCCAAGCUGUGUAACCUGCAUGGCUUGUCUCCCAAGGAGCUUGUCGAGCAUCAUGAGGAAUCAGAGGAAAUGGGAGGUUACUUCAUCGUUAACGGGAUCGAGAAGGUUAUCCGAAUGCUGAUCAUGCCGAGGAGGAACUAUCCCAUCGCCAUGUGCAGGCCGAAGUGGAAGAGCAGGGGCCAGGGAUACACUCAGUAUGGUAUUUCUAUGCGCUGUGUGAAGGAAGAACACACAGCCAUCAACAUGAACCUGCAUUAUCUGGAGAACGGGACUGUGAUGCUGAACUUCAUCUACAUGAAAGAGCUCUACUUCCUGCCUCUCGGCUUCGGACUGAAGGCGCUGGUGGACUUCUCAGACUUCCAGAUCUACCAGGAGCUGAUCAAAGGCCGCGAGGACAAUUCUUUCUACAAGACCUGCGUGUCGGAGAUGCUGCGCAUUGUGUCGGAGGAGGGCUGCACCACCCGCAGCAAGGUGCUCAAUUACCUCGGAGAGCGCUUCAGGGUCAAGAUGAACCUGCCCGAGUGGUACACAGACGAAGAGUGUGCCAACUUCCUGCUGAGUGAGUGCAUCUGUAUUCACCUGAAGUCCAACGUGGAGAAGUUCUACCUGCUCUGCCUGAUAACCAGGAAGCUCUUCAGCUUCGCCAAGCAGGAGUGCAUGGAGGAGAACUGCGACAGCAUCAUGUGUCAGGAGGUGCUCACGCCCGGCCAGCUCUACCUCAUGUUCCUCAAGGAGAGAAUGGCUGCCUGGUUGGUGUCUGUGAAGCUUUCUGUUGACAAAAGAGGCAGUAAACUGGUUAGUGGCUGGGGCGCCGAAAACAUGAUGAGGAUCCUCAACACGGGCUCGGAUCUGACCAAAGCUUUUGAGUAUCUGCUGGCUACUGGCAACCUCAACUCCAGGACAGGCCUCGGCCUGCUGCAGAACACCGGCCUCUGCGUCGUUGCCGACAAGCUCAACUUCAUCCGCUACCUGUCCCACUUCCGCUGCGUGCACAGAGGGGCGGCGUUUGCCAAGAUGAGGACCACCUCCGUCCGCAAGCUGCUGCCCGAGUCCUGGGGCUUCCUGUGUCCGGUCCACACGCCGGACGGGGAGCCGUGCGGACUGAUGAACCACAUGACGGCCAGCUGUGAGAUUGUGGCCCCGACGUUGUCCACCAUGUCUCUGCCCGCCCUGCUCUGUUCUCUGGGCGUCACCCCGGUGGAUGGAUCUCCCAGUCAGCCCUUCUCAGACUGCUACCCUGUCAUCCUGGACGGAGCCGUGAUAGGCUGGGUGGAGGCAGACCUGGCUCCGUCAGUGGCCGACUCACUGCGCACCUUCAAAGUACAAAGAGAGAAGAAGAUCCCUUCCUGGACUGAGAUUGUUCUGGUUCCAAAAACAGGCAAAGCCAGCCUGUAUCCAGGCCUGUUCCUUUUCACGACGCCCUGCAGGAUGGUGCGCCCGGUACAAAAUUUGACUCUCGGCAAGCAGGAGCUGAUCGGCACGUUUGAGCAGCUUUACCUCAACGUGGGGAUCCUGGAGGACGAGAUUGAAGCCGGCGUGACCACACACCAGGAGCUCUUCCCUCACAGCAUGCUCAGCGUGGUGGCCAACUUCAUCCCUUACUCUGACCACAACCAGAGUCCCAGGAACAUGUACCAGUGCCAGAUGGGUAAGCAGACUAUGGGCUUCCCGCUGCACUCCUUCAUGGAUCGCUCAGACAACAAGCUGUACCGGCUCCAGACCCCUCAGAGCCCGCUGGUCCGGCCCUUCAUGUACGACCAUUACAACCUGGACAACUACCCCAGCGGCACCAACGCCAUUGUGGCUGUUAUAUCAUACACAGGCUACGACAUGGAGGACGCCAUGAUCGUCAACAAGUCGUCGUGGGAGCGAGGCUUCGCCCAUGGAAUGAUCUACAAGACGGAGCUGGUGGACCUGGCAGACAAGGUGAGGGGCGAGGACUGCGUGGUGUUCGGGACCAAGCCGGACGACCCCAAGACAAGCGGCAAGCUGGACGCUGACGGCCUGCCGUUCAUCGGCUCUACGCUCCAGUACGGAGACCCCUUCUACAGCUACAUCAACCUCAACACCGGCCAGGCCUUCGUCGCCUACUACAAGAGCCAAGAAGGCUGCGUCGUUGACAACGUGAAGGUCUGCAGCAACGACGCCGGCUCCGGCCACUUCAAACGCAUCUGCAUCACCCUGCGGGUGCCACGAAACCCCACGAUCGGCGACAAGUUCGCCAGCCGCCACGGGCAGAAGGGCAUCCUGAGCCGGCUGUGGCCGGCCGAGGACAUGCCCUUCACGGAGAGCGGCAUGUCUCCGGACAUCCUGUUCAACCCCCACGGCUUCCCGUCUCGCAUGACCAUCGGGAUGCUGAUCGAGAGCAUGGCGGGAAAGUCGGGCGCCCUGCACGGGCUGAGCCACGACGCCACGCCCUUCUCCUUCUCCGAGGAGAACUCGGCGCUGGAGUACUUUGGCGAGAUGCUCAGGGCGGGCGGCUACAACUACUACGGCACGGAGCGGCUGUACAGCGGGCUGAGCGGCCAGGAGCUGGAGGCCGACAUCUUCAUCGGCGUGGUCUACUACCAGCGCCUGCGCCACAUGGUCUCCGACAAGUUCCAGGUGAGGACCACGGGGGCGCGAGACAAGGUGACCAACCAGCCGGUGGGAGGGAGGAACAUCCAGGGAGGGAUCCGCUUCGGCGAGAUGGAGCGAGACGCCCUGCUGGCUCACGGCUCCUCCUUCCUGCUCCACGACCGCCUCUUCAACUGCUCGGACCGCUCCGUGGCGCAGGUGUGCGUGGACUGCGGCAGCCUGCUGUCGCCGCUGCUGGAGAAGCCGCCGCCGUUCUGGUCGGCCACGCGCCACCGGAAGACCGUCUGCACCCUGUGCGGCAAAAGUGACUCCAUUGACUCGGUGUCUGUGCCGUACGUCUUCCGCUACUUUAUAGCCGAGCUCGCCGCCAUGAACAUCAAAGUCAAGUUGGACAUUAAAUGAUCGUAAUGGAGGACAGAUGAAGAGUGUCUGAGUUGGAUGGAGUCAAAAGACGAAUCCUGCAAAGCAAAGUGCCUGAGAGCUUUUUGUCUGUUUUGUGGAAAUGUUUGUAUAAAAGAGACAGUGUUGAGUUCUCCUAAAUAAAACUGGCGUGUCGCACCACC